CAGGCUGUUGAAAAGUGAAACGCCACAUACAAUUUGGUGUUGGCAUUCGCUUUUUUAGGACUAUAUAAAUCAUGGCUGCAGCUCCAUUGAAUUCAUCAAAGUGGUGAAUCAAGACAGUACAAGGACUAACACAAACUUUGUUUUUGAUUUAAUCUGUGAAGGUUCUUUAAGAAAAUGGAUGGCCUCAGAAGUUCGAACAAAACCAGCAUCGAGUGUUUACUAUUCGAUUUGGAUGACACAUUGUACCCCAUGAGCUCUGGUAUCAAUAUGGCUUGCCGCAUGAACAUUAUAGACUACAUGAUAGAACACCUCAAAAUUGAAGAAAGUGAAGUGCCUCGGAUGUGCUUGGAUUUGUACAAGGAAUAUGGAACCACGAUGGCUGGUUUGAAGGCCCUAGGAUAUGAAUUCGAUAAUGAUGAAUUCCAUGCCUAUGUUCAUGGAAGAUUGCCCUAUGAGACAUUGAAGCCUGAUCCUAUCUUGAGGAACCUUUUGCUUUCCACACCACAACGUAAAAUCAUCUUUACCAAUGGUGACAAAGCUCAUGCACUUAAAGCUCUUAGUAGGUUGGGUCUAGAAGAUUGUUUUGAAGGGAUUAUCUGCUUUGAAACACUUAACAACACACCCCUUGAACCUGAAAAUAUUGAUGAUGCUGAUUAUGUAAAAGUGGAUAGCAAUACGGUGGAUUCAUGUGCUAACUUCUACUUAGAUGAGGCUGAUGAACUUGGGUUCUUCACAGCUAGCAACGAGUUCGUGACUGAAAAAGCUAAUAUUGAUAAUGAAAACAACUGCGACGACGGUAUUGCCAAAUCUCCAAUUCUUUGCAAACCUUCUGUGGAAGCCAUCCUAGCUGCUAUAAGGAUUGCAGACAUUGACCCAAACAAGACGAUUUUCUUUGAUGAUAGCGUGAGAAACAUAGCGAGCGGAAAGAAAGCAGGACUUCGCACUGUCAUUGUAGGGAGCUCGGUUUUAGUUCCAGGAGCGGAUCUCGCACUGAGUAGCAUUCAUAACAUGAGAGAAGCGUUGCCAGAGAUAUGGGAAAUAGAAGGGGAGGUAGAUCAUUUGGAGCACCAAGCUAUGCAACAAUCCAAUUCUGUUGAAACUGUAGUAGUCCUUGCUUAAUCAUCAGGCUAGACAACCCAAGCCAAACAGAUGAGAGUCCCCUGUUCCUUUCUCUUCGGUUCUGCUCUGUUUAUUGUACUCUUAGUUGUUAUGUAUUGUUAAAAGGAAGGGAUAAUUGGAAAAAUGCCCCAAAAUUGGAUGCCCCGUUGAGAAAAUGCCCCAUCAAAUAAAAUUUAUGAGAAAAUGCCCCACCGUUACACUUUCCAUCCAAUCCUAGUUAAAAGGUCAAACUGUUGACACAUGCGGAAUUGCAUGUGCGAAAAAAGAAAUGUUCCAUUGUAAUCCAACGGCUACUGGUAUGCCACCUAAUCUGUUUAGUGUGAUGAAUAACACAAAAAAGAAUUCGUCUA